UUAUUUUGUGAAUAGUGACAACUGAGCUGCUCUUCACUCAGUUAAUAUCUGUGUAGUGAAAGGCAAAUUUCUUAAAGCCCAACAACAAAUUUGUGAACUACUUUGCAUUGAAUGACUAAAGACAAAUACAACGUAUCAGAAGAAUUAGCAAAAGCAUCUUCGCAUAAGAAAUAAUAGUAAUACUUCAAAAAAAAGUUGCUAAGUGAUGAAUUGGCGGGAAUCAACUCGCAGCAAGGACCACAACAGGUCUAGUGCACAAAUAUGUGUUUAUCUCUUCUGCAUAGUUAUUUCAUGCUAUGUUAAUAGCGGAGAUGCACAUGGAAGACUUAUAGAACCACCGAGUAGAGCAUCAGCUUGGCGUUAUGGAUUUCAAACUCCGCCGGACUAUAAUGAUCAUGAACUAUUUUGCGGUGGCUUUACUCGCCAGUGGAAGAAGAAUGAUGGAAAGUGCGGAGAAUGUGGAGAUGCUUGGGACUUGCCUGUACCACGACCACAUGAAAAUGGUGGUCAAUGGGGACAGGGUGUCAUUGUUCGAAGUUAUUUGCCCGGUUCCGACAUGACUAUUCGGGUUGAGCUGACCGCCAGUCACAUGGGAUAUUUUGAGUUCCGAUUAUGUCCAGAACCAAGCGCUAAGCAGAUCUGUUUAGAUAAAAAUGUACUGAAAAUCAUUAGUGGUUCACCCUCACAGCGCAAUCCAACAGAUUUGGAUACCCGAUUCUACCCACGUAAUGGUAGUCGCAUUUAUGAAAUUAAAGCUCAAUUGCCAGAGAUUUUAUGUAAUCAGUGUGUGCUACAAUGGAGUUAUGUAGCCGGAAAUAAUUGGGGCAUGUGUGACGAUGGCAAUGGUGCAGUUGGCUGUGGUCCUCAGGAGGAGUUUCGAGCAUGUUCGGAUAUUGCAUUAACAUCAGAUGCCCGUCCUCCAAUUCGUCCUGUUCGACCCACAAUCCGUGUCACUACAACACCUCAAAGUCCUAAGAAGGAUCAUGUUGAAGUUCAUAAUGAUAAUUUCAAUUCACUUAUAUUCUUGAUCACUCUAAUUUUGCUAUUGAUUUUCUCUGGAAUCGGAAUAUGGCUUGUCUUUAAGUAUUAUCCACUCAAAGUCGCCGAAUGGAAGAAAUCAUUAUUAGCACGGUUAGGCAAGAAGGAAAUAAAUUCAUCUAAAGUAAAUUUAACCCAUAAUCCUAUAAUGUCGAUCGAUGACAUUGAAAAAACUAAGGACGGGAAAGAUGUUAGUCAGAUCUCAAAUAUACAAAUAGCUCAGCCGAUUCCACCACCCCGACCUAAGCGAGACUCGCGUGCUAAGGAAAAUUCCAAUAUAUCCUAAAAAUGCUUUUUUACUGCCGGUACUGAUCCAACAGUGUUGACAUUAUGUAUUUAACAUAGUAAUAUUCCCUUGCAUUUCUUUGCUUUAAAUCAAAUAAGUUACAAAGCUAAUUAUUAUUGCUUAAUUUAUAUUCUCUAUUAUUCCUAUUCUACUUAGCUCACCACCUCAAAUCCCCAAAAAGGAUCAAGUUAAAGAUAAUAAUGAUAAUUUUAGUUCACUUUUAUUCUUGAUCAGUCUUAUUUUGCUAUUGAUUUUCUCUGGCAUCGGAACAUGGCUGAUCUAUAAGCAUUAUCCACUUAAAGUCGCCGAAUUGAAGAAAGCAUUAUUGACAAGGCUAUGGAAGAAGGAAGUGAAUUCAUCGAAAAUAAAUGUAACCCGUAAUCCUUAAUGUCGAUCGAUCACAUUAAAAAAACGGCAAAGAUGUGAGUUAGAUAUAAGAUAUACAACUAGCUCCGCCGAUUCCACUAAACCGAACUAUAUAUCCUAAAAAUACUUUUUACUGCCGACACUAAUCCAACUGUGUUCACAAUAUGUAUUUAACAUAGUAAUAUUCUUUUGCAUUUCUUUAUUUUAAAUCAAAUAAGCUACAAAGCUAAUUAUAAUUGCUUAAUUCUAAGCAAUAGACUUAUUAUGUUGACUUCACUUUAUUUAGAUUUUAAGAUACGUAAAUUUUAAAUAUUUAUUGACGACUGAAAUACUUUAAUAUAAGUAUUUUAAGAUCAUUUGUAUAUGUGAUACCAAUAUAAACACAUUC